AGCGAGGAUCCGCAGGAGCCAAGCCUCAACAAGGACCUAGGACCCCUUGGAUUCCGCGCAGGCCACGCACCACCAUGGCUGCUACCACUGACGACAAUGCACAAGCCAGCCCCAAGAGGCCGGUUACCCCUCCUAUCCCAGCUCAGCAGGCCGAGGAACCGCUUCUAGCAUUCCUCAAACGUCUUCAGCUCUACUCGGAGACCACGGCAGCUGAACUGAGCAAGUGGGAAGAGGAGGAAGCCUCCCGCCAGCAGGAAAUUCAACGUCAGCUGGCAGAGGCAGAGGCAGCACGUCAGCAGGCCGCAGCAGAAGCUGCAGCAGCCGCACGGUUGCAACAGCAGCAGGUCGAGGCAAGUCAACACCAAGCUCGUUACCAAGCCACGAUGGACCUUGCACACGACGAAGCCACGUACAGCAGGCUACUUCGACGACAGCAUUUCCACGAAACCGAAGAACGAGAAGAGCCGACCGAGGAAGAAAGUAACAAGGAAGGUACAGCAGUACUGAUGGAGAAUCUGCUGUACACGUGCAAUUGGCAGCAACGUGAACUGCUGGCCAUGCGGCAGGUCUUCAUCCGCCAUCAAACAACAUUCAAGGCAUUGGACAAGAAGAUCGCUACCCUGCAGGCCGAGAUCAGCACACUACACACCGCCAACAGCCAGCAGCAGACACUCAACGACCAGUUGCAGACCCAUGUCAGCAUGGGGUUGGCACAACUGUCGGCAGCUGCGUCAACGGGCAGUGCAGUGGUAGUCUGCAGCCCAGCUUUGGCCGCGCAGGCCAAGCAACUCGAGGAGCGGAUCAACCACGUGGUCGCAUCCCUCAGCGACAUCAGGAAGUUUGCUGGAGCAUCAACAGUCAGCAAUCAGCUGCAGACGCUCAGCGACCGCGUUGAGCAACGACCGGCCGCUGCCGCCAAGGAAUGGAAGAUGUCGAACUUCAAGAUCGAGAAGUUCGAUGACUAUCACAAGACUGAUCCGCUGCAAUGGUGGAUGGCUUUCAACGCGGAGGCAGGUGUACAUCAUACCCCCGCACAUCGGCAGCUGGACGCACUCUACCUCCAACUCAUCGGAGGGGCGCAGGCUGUCAUGACACACAUGGCCGUCACGUUGGAAUGCACCAUCGCCAACCUCCACACUAAGAUUACGUGGGAGGAAUUUGAGAAGAAAUGGAAGACCCGGUUCAUGGUUAACAAUGACAAACAACACGCCAUGAACAAGAUCUUCCGCAUAUACCAAGGCCAGCAAACGUCACGGGAAUGGCUGACGGAGUGGCAAAGACUCGUCGCCACCCCAGAGUUGAACCUACCGUUCGACUCAAUCCGGGCCGAGUUCUUCGCCCGGUCAUGCGACGCCUUGACAGCUGCUUUGGGCGGCGAAUUCCAGUAUGAGACCUUUGAUGACAUUAUAUCAAAGGCAAGGGAGAGCUCAUACAAGAUCGAGAUCCAGCCAAGAGAUCGGUACAAAACCGCAUUCAAGACGCGGUAUGGGCACUUUGAGUGGAUCGUCAUGCCUUUCGGUCUCCCCAAUGCCCCGGCUACUUUCCAAGUGGCCAUGACGACGGAAUUCCGCGACGUGCUCGACCGCACCGUACUCGUUUACCUUGAUGAUAUCUUGGUUUAUAGCCGGACACUGGACGAGCACCUCGAGCACCUUCGCGCCGUACUGGAGCGGCUCCGUAUCGCCAAGUACAAGGCGAACCGCGACAAGUGCGAGUUUGCCCAGCAAGAGUUGGAGUACUUAGGCCAUUACGUUACGCCACAAGGCAUUCGUCCGCUCGCAGACAAGGUACAAGCCAUUCAAGAUUGGCUGGACCUCAAGUGUACUACUGAUGUCCGCUCCUUUCUCGGUUUGGCAUCAUAUUACAUGCGCUUCGUCAAAGGAUUUCAACGCAUCGCUGCACCUUUGUCGCGACUUCAGUCCCCCUUGGUGCCCUUCGAGUUCAUCGACGAAGCCCGGCAUGCGUUUCACACGCUGAAGACAACUUUGCUUCAAGCUCCCGGCUUAAGCAUCUAUGACCCGACCUUGCCCACCAAAGUGACUACGGACGCUUCCGGCUAUGGCAUUGGCGCGGUUGAGUACUUCAGCCAAAAGGUGCCGCCCAUCAACACUCUUGAUGAUGCGAGGAAGAAGGAGCUGCUAGCUUUUGUCACCGUACUUAAGCAGGUGAGGUUGGCAGAGGCGGAUGUGAGGUGGGCGGAGGUGAGCGUAGGUGGAGGCGGGAGCAGAGAAGAACUGGCAGGGGAACGCCGAGGGAGAAGUGGUAGAGGAAUCCCAAGGGGUGGGGGGAGGCGGAGGGGAGGGGACCGAGGGGCGGAGGCGGAGGUGAGGUGGCCCCCAAGCGGAGAAGUGGCGGAGAGGAGAUGGCAGGAGGAGGCGAAGGGGAGGUGGGCAGAGGUGGAGGCGAGGUGGGUGCCGGACGGAGAAGAGGAUGGCAGAGGCGGAGAGGAGAUGGUGGGCGGAGGCCGAGAGGAGAUGGUAGGCGGUAGAGGAGGGGAGAUGGCUGGAGGAGGCGGAGGUGGGGGGCUGUGGAAGGCGGGAGCGGGUGGCGGAGUCGAGGUGGGCAGGCGGGAGGGCCUGUUGGACUUCAAUGGASKGAAAGAGUGGAGAUGGCUGGAGGAGGCGGAGGUGGGGGGCUGUGGAAGGCGGGAGCGGGUGGCGGAGUCGAGGUGGGCAGGCGGGAGGGCCUGUUGGACUUCAAUGGAGGGAAAGAGUGGAGAUGGCUGGAGGAGGCGGAGGUGGGGGGCUGUGGAAGGCGRGAGCGGGUGGCGGAGUCGASGUGGGCAGGCGGGAGGGCCUGUUGGACUUCAAUGGAGGGAAAGAGUGGAGAUGGCUGGAGGAGGCGGAGGUGGGGGGCUGUGGAAGGCGAGAGCGGGGGUCCCGUCAAUACUCGUUGAGAAAUCAGAGAGAUUCACGACUCAUCCUCAGGCGCACUUCAUAAACAAUCGAACCAUGGAGAUUUUCCGGCAUUUGGAUGGUCUCGCCUCUGAAAUCGAGUCCCUUCAGCCACCACUCGUUCAGUGGCGCAAGUUUGCGUAUUGUCUGACAAUGACUGGCGAACCCCUCGGCACUGUCGACCACUUCGCAUCAGACCAAUCUGACAAGGACAACCAGAAGCGGAGUCCUACAUCUCUCGCACACUUUUCGCAGAACCGCCUUCUUCCUCUCCUCCGCCGCCGCGCCGAGUCUCGAUUUGGGAAACUGCUCUCUUCUACCUCCGCCACAAAGCAGCAGUCAGAUGAUGGAAUCCCCAGCCCUAUCUUGAUGGGCCACGAAUGCACUUCGAUCCGCGUCCAGAACGAUGCCGUUAUGGCGACAAUCGAACAGCUGCAAUCCGAAGUUCAGAAGAAGACCAGAUCUCCCCCCACGUGGCCUAUCUCAUUGUCCUACAAGUUAAGCCGCGGGCAAGCGCUGUACGUAUCGGGAAGUCUGUGUCGCGGUGCAACGGAGCGUGGAGGCAGAGAUCGGCCUACCCCUCUCCGACCGUUCGCCGAGGAGAGAGGGGGAUCGUUGGGGUCUCGAUUCAUCGUCGCCUGUGAUUGGCUGAUAGCCGCGGAUGGAGCCAGAAGCUGGAGCAGAAAGACAAUGGGGGUCAAGAUGGAGGGGGAAGCGGGGUUGCAGAAUUUAAUGAAUGUUCAUUUUGUCAGCACAGAUCUGGGAGAAAUGUUGUCGCAGAAGAAUCCGGCAAUGCUGUACUUCGUCUUCAAUCCCGAUGUCAUUAUGGUGGUCGUAGCUCAUGACCUGGACAAAGGUGAAUUUGUGGCUCAGAUACCAUACUAUCCACCGCAGCAGCAGCCAGACGAGUUCUCACCACAGGUCUGCAAGAGCUUGAUCUUGAAAGCAGCUGGUCUGCAACCUGAUAGUGGAAUCGAUGUUGAUGUGCGGUCGAUAAGGCGAUGGACAAUGAAUGCCCAAGUUGCAGAGAAGUAUAUUUGUGGUGAUGAAAGAGUUUUCCUAGUCGGUGAUGCUGCACACCAGUUUUCACCUGCUGGGGCUUUCGCGAUAGGUCGCGAGAUAAACGACAGAAUUCGCGACGCCAUUGCUCGGAAUGACGUCGAGGAGAUGGGCCUUGUAUUCUUGCAUGCUCUCCCCUCGCCGGACGGACCAGCCGCGUCACCGCCGGACCCACGCAUUUCUCACCUCUUGGACGAGUAUGGAGACGUCUUCGAGGCUCCCACCGGAACGGUUCCGGAUCGGCCCAUACGUCACGGGAUCACUCUCAAGGUUGGCGCCGUCCCUUCGCGUGGAUGUAUCUACCGCAUGAACGAAGAGGAACUCGAGGUGCUUCGCGCACAACUCGAUGAUCUUCUCAACAAGGGCUGGAUUCKCCCUAGUUGCUCGCCAUACGGUGCACCUGUUCUCUUCGUCCGGAAGAAGAACAAAGAUUUACGGUUAUGCAUCGACUAUCGGAAACUUAACGCACAAACCGUAAAGAACGCCGGCCCUCUCCCUCGGAUUGAUGAUCUCCUKGAGCGGUUAGGCGGCGCGACGUACUUCUCGAAGUUGGACUUGAAGUCAGGUUACCACCAGAUUGAAAUCCAGCCCCAAGACCGGUACAAGACCGCGUUCAAGACGCUGUACGGGCAUUUUGAGUGGGUUGUCAUGCCCUUUGGCCUCACCAAUGCCCCCGCAACUUUUCAAGCAGCGAUGACGACUGAGUUUCGCGACUUGCUCGAUCGYAGCGUCCUCAUCUACCUUGAUGACAUCUUGGUUCAUAGUAGGACGUUGGACGAGCACAUCGUACACCUUCGCGUUGUUCUGAAUCGUUUGCGACUAGCCAAGUACAAAGUGAAUCUCGACAAGUGCGAACUCGCCAAGCAAGAGCUUGAGUACUUGGGUCAUUUUGUCACGCCGAAAGGCAUUCGUCCCUUAGCGGACAAGAUCCAAGCCAUCGUGGAUUGGCCGGAACCCCGUUGCACGACGGAUGUACGCUCUUUCAUGGGUUUGGUUGGAUAUUAUCAGCGAUUCGUCGAGUCAUACUCGAAAGUGGCCGCUCCUUUGUCGAGACUUCAGUCCCCGAAGGUGCCCUUCGAGUUCGACGAUGCAGCCCAUGGCGCGUUCACUACGUUGAAGGCAGCGAUGCAAGCCGCACCUGCCCUCCGUAUAUACGACCCCACCCUACCCACCCAAGUGACUACGGWCGCUUCGGGAUACGGUAUUGGUGCGGUGUUGGAACAGUGUCACGAGGACGGUUGGCAUCCGGUUGAGUAUUUCUCCCAAAAGGUGCCUCUCGUCAACACUCUCGACGACGCUAGGAAGAAAGAGCUACUCGCGUUCGUGACCGUUCUCAAAAGGUGGCGCCACUUUCUUCUCGGCCUUCGGCGUUUCAAAUGGAAUACGGACAACAAUYCGUUGACCUUUUAUAAAACGCAAGACAUGGUCACUAGCACGAUUGGUCGAUGGAUGUAUUACAUCGACCAGUUCGAUUUUGACGCGUGCCACAUUCCCGGUCCCGCCAAUCGAGCUGCAGACGCCCUCUCACGACGGCCCGACUUUUGUGCCAUUGUGACCACGACAUUCGACCUCGAUGACGAUCUGCAGCCGCAUUUCGUCAAAGGCUACAAGUCCGAUCCGACUUACUCUCAGCUUUACGCGGAGCUUUCAUCGGAUCACCCGCCGACUAGCCACUAUCGGAUUUCCGACGGGUUCCUUCUCCUUCACACGAGAGGAAAGGACUUGUUAGUUGUGCCCCAAGAUCGCAUCUUACGGACUCGUCUUCUCGGUGAAUUCCACAACGCACGACUUUCGGCACACCUUGGCGUGAACCGCACACUAGCACGCAUCCGCCAGCGUUUUCACUGGCCCGACAUCCUUCAUGACGUCACGAGGUACAUUGAGUCAUGUGCAGUUUGCCACCGAAACAAGGGUCGAUCUCGAGUCCCCUUCGGCGAACUGAAACCGUUGCCGAUUCCUCGGGCACCAUGCCUCUCCAUUGCUAUGGACGUGACAGGCCCGUUUCCCCGCGAUCGCCACGGCUAUGACGGUAUUCUCACGGUCGUUGACCGUUUGAGCAAGUAUGCUCGCUUCCUUCCUUGCAAGUAUCAUGCUGCAGCGCCUGAGCUCGCACGACUCUUGCACACCGGUUGGAUUACCAACCAAGGUGUUCCGGAAGACAUAGUGUCGUCGUUGGAUCUUGUCCCAAGCGAUGGAAGCCUCUUGCUGAUCGUGUCGCACAACGGUGACACUGGUUUAUGGGAGGAUGUGGCUCGACGGGCUGCUGAUAGCUUUAAGGUGCCUUUGAAGAUGGCAAUUGUCUGGCCCUGUGCAAAGGAUGACAAGCUAGCAGAGGGUUCUCCGAUCGAUCAACGGGAGUGUAUCGAGUCCCCAGCGGGCUGUUGGUGGGACAUGGAGGGCAGGGAUACCGAUAAGGUUGAAGUUUUGGAUAUUCAGGGUGUAUGGAAGGAUAUCUGUUGGAAAGGAGAGACUGGUGCAGAUCCAGUGCUUCUCGUCAGACCUGACGGACAUGUUGCCUGGCGGUCCCACUCUAAUUGCACCGAGGAUUGUGUCCCACUCGUUGAGAUGGUUCUCGGCCAUGUUCUUUGCUACCAGAUUGCCGGCCAAGUAAUAACCAGAGCAGCACAUGCAGCAGCGUAGACAAAUGAAAUCAUGAUGAUGAU